AUGGCCCAGUCACCCGCUGGGCCCCAGCCUCCCUCAGCCUCCGGACCCCUGCACGGCCAGCCUCCUGCUGGGCCCCGGCCUCCCGACCCCUGCACGGCCCAGUCACCCGCUGGGCCCCAGCCUCCCGACCCCUGCACGGCCCAGUCACCCGCUGGGCCCCGGCCUCCCUUAGCCUCCCGACCCCUGCAUGGCCCAGUCACCCGCUGGGCCCCCGCCUCCCGACCCCCGCAUGGCCAGCCUCCCGCUGGGCCCCGGCCUCCCGACCCCUGCACGGCCCAGUCACCCGCUGGGCCCCAGCCUCCCGACCCCUGCACGGCCCAGUCACCCGCUGGGCCCCAGCCUCCCGACCCCUGCACGGCCCAGUCACCCGCUGGGCCCCAGCCUCCCGACCCCUGCACGGCCCAGUCACCCGCUGGGCCUCAGCCUCCGGACCCCUGCACGGCCAGCCUCCUGCUGGGCCCCGGCCUCCCGACCCCUGCACGGCCCAGCCUCCUGCUGGGCCCCGGCCUCCCGACCCCUGCACGGCCCAGCCUCCUGCUGGGCCCCGGCCUCCCUUAG